GACAGACAAAAAGGAUAGAGGAAGACUGUUACGUCCAAUGAUGAACUAUUGGGGCGCAUUAGGAGCAGUUGCGAGAAUGAAAGCCAUUUCCGACGCCCAGACACCACAGGGGACCAACGGUGCUGUUAUUACAUGGCUAUAACAGAACAUGCAGGAACCGCGCCGCCUCUCUUCCCCUCACCUCAUCUCCAAAUAUGUUACUGGUCGGCAAAGCCACCUCUAUUUGGCAAAGAAUGCAGUACCCCGGCCGAUCCGAACUCACCCCGCUCAUUGCUGUCCUCCUGUCGCGCCUGUCACCUUAUAUACUGAACUCCUACCAGCAUCAUCCUUUCGGCGAUGAACCUGUCAAAAGGUGCGGGGGAGUACGGGAGGGGGGCACGGCAGUCGCUUCGACGAUACCUUCUCCGCAGGUUCUGGGUCCAUCCAACCACUGGCUGGUUCCGACGAACAGCAUCCUGCACACACACACGCGCGCAAAGUCUGGCCGAGAUGAAAAUUCGUCGUACCGUCAUCCUACUUAUGAUACAAAACGGGUUUUUUUCCACAGGACGCCGAAAAGUGCAUGCACACACGCCAUCGUGAUUGGACCUCCCAGACAACAGAAUGUGGUAUAUCGAAAGAGAAAACAAAAUCGGAAAGGAACAGGAAAACGUCAUAGCGUGAAAAGCAGAGCCUCUGAAGAGAUCUUUUAGCUCGACCAACCCUUGCUCAUCUGGACGGCUUUCUCCCAGCGGCCGAACCGCUCGGAAG